UUGGUCUGUCUGUCUGUGCUGCACAUUGUGGGUGCCGGGUGCCUGCAGAGGCCAAAAAUAGGGCACUGGAUCCCGUGUAAGUGAAGUUACGGGUGGUUGGUUGUAAGACACCAAGAGGUUGCUGGGAAUGGAGCUCAGGUCCUCUGAAGAACAACCAGUGCUCUUCCCUGCAGAGCACCUCUCCAGCCCGUCACUGUUCUGCUUUGUUCUCUUUAUGUACCUGUUGUUCUGUGGGUGGUUCCGUCUCUAGGUCUCCACCUUCUUUGAAUGUAAGGUCUCAUAUAUUCCUUAUGGCCAGAAGAAUCAACGCUGCCCUCACCUGGUAUGUAGCCAAAGAUGACCUCAAACAACUUUUUUUUUCCUGAGAAUUUUAUGUUGUCACAAAUUACAUCUUUAUACAUUAUGUGCUCUUUUUCUACAUUAAGUCUCAGUGUACUGAGACGGUUUCUUUUGUUUGCUUGGUUGGUUUUGGUUUUUUGUUGUUACUGUUUUUGAGUUUUGGUUUUGGUUUUUUGAGACAGGGUUUCUCUGUGUAUCCAUGGCUAUCCUAGAAUUCUCUCUGUAGACGAGGCUAGCCUUGAACUCACAGAACUCUGCCUACGUCUGCCUCCCCAGCUCUGGGAUUAAAGGUUUCUUUUUUUUUUUUAUUAUUUGAAUAAUUUUUUUAAAAAUGUAGUUAAGUCAUAUUUCCCUUCCAUGCGCACCUCAAAUUCAUGGCUUCUUUUUCUUUAAUUAUUGUUACAUAGAUCUAUAUUCCUAAUUAUAUAACUAUAGGCUGUUCAGUUCAUAUAAUGUUACUUAUAUGUGUAUGAUUUCAAGGCUGACCACUUGGUAUUCUGUAACAAACUGGGGGGCUUUUCCCUUGGGAAGAUUGUUUCUCCCACUCAGGAUUCCUGGUUGCCUGUAGUUGUUUGUCUAGAGGCCCUGUGAAAUUUUUUUCCUCUUCCAUGUUAGCAUGUCUGAUGUCUCCUUUGUUUGGGUCUUGUUUAGGCAGCCAUGUUAACGAGACUUGACGGGUAUAGCUUCUCUGACAUUGCUAGAAGAUGAAAUCUGAGAGAGAGGACUUGAGAGAUGGCUCAGCGGUUAAGAGCAGUCGCUGCUCUUCCAGACGCCCUGAGUUCAAUUCCCAGCACCCACAUGGUGGCUCACAACCAUCAGUAAUGGGAUGUGAUGCCCUCUUCUGGUGUGCAUGAAGACAGAGCACUCAUAGACAUAAAAUACAGGGGUGCUGACUCCGUAGUAGAGCAGGCACGUGUGCUGGGCCUGAUCCAUGAAGAUCUUCAUGGUCCCGGCCCCACUGGAGCGCUGAGCACCCUUGCUCACACAGAGGUGACUCUGAGUGGUAAAAUGGGCCAGACUUCAGCCUCCAUCCUCUGUCGAAGGCCCCACCAACGUGCAACUUACCAGACUUGGUGGUUCUCCAUUCUUCCUGACUUCAGCCUGGAUCUCCGUGAGCGGCUUCCCCUCCAUUCUGAACUACACCCAGAUCCUCACACAACCCAGGUGGAUCCCACGACUCAUUUGACCUUUAACCUUCACUUAUCCAAGAAAGAAAGAGAAGCCAGAGACAGCCUCACUCUGCCUUUCCAGUUCAGCUCUGAAAAACAGCAAGCUCUGCUCCGCCCUGGACCAGGCCAGACAACUAGCCACAUCUUCUAUGAGCCAGAUGCUUUUGAUGACGUGGACCAAGAAGAUCCAGAUGAUGACCUAGACGUUUGACUAGACAAAUGGAAUAGGAAGACUGUGGCUCAGAACCGUCCUGUUCGCCAGGGACCUCACCUGGUCCCUCCCUCCCUGUUUUGCUGUGUCUGUGGAGGGCCUGUCCUGUGAGCCAAGGAGUACCAUAUAAUUGGGGCAAAGAAGUGUGGUGAGAGCAUAGUGUAUAGCAAGAGGAUAAGAACCCCCUCUUCCCAUGCCAUUUCUAAUAAAAGAGAUGUAUGUGUACAUAUAUAAA